AUGGCUAGAGGUUUACUAAAUUUAAGAUCUCAACUCGGGUUUUACAAGUCUUACCACCACGACCCCAAAAAUGUUUUGAUUCACUCCAUAUUCGUUCCUACUAUCCUGUUUAGUGGUUUUUGCAUGCUUCAAAGAGUUAAUUUAUAUCGCGGUUUCACGUUAACUACUUUGUUAAGCAUUUCAUUUUUUAUAUUUUAUUGCUGUUUAUAUCUGCCUACAGGCCUUCUAGCAGGAUUUUUCUUACUUCUACUAAACCAUGCGCUAAUCAAUGACAAAGUUCAUUUGUCGUUUGGACAAGAGCUAGGUUUGUUUGUUAUCGGAUGGAUUUUCCAAUUUAUAGGUCAUGGCGUUUUUGAGAAAAAGAGGCCGGCAUUGAUUGAUAAUUUAGUUCAGAGUUUGGUAUUGGCUCCGUACUUUAUAAUGUUCGAGUUUCUUUUUAAGUUAGGUUUUAUGCCUCGAUUAAAUGCAGACUUGGAGCGUGAUCUAGAGGUAAAACAAAAAAAUUUGGAGAAACAAAAGCAAUGA